UUCUCUCAAUGUGUUAGGUAGUGUACAACACCAAAACAAACACGCACCAGCUUAGCAAUGGCACACAGUUCAUCAAAAAGGGAAUGAAAAGUGCUUUGAUCAAUUCAUCAAAAAGAGAAAGGGAAAAUGGAAACUAAGGAUGUUUUUACUUGGACUGUAAUUUGCUGGUCUGGUCUGGUCUGAACUGGUCUGGUCUGGUAAGGGGACUCAAAUCCAUUUUAUGGUGAAAAGGCCACAACUUGAUAUGUACAAGUCUUAAAUAAAAGAGCAUGAAGUGCACUGGUCAUAAUAACAACUAUCAACAAUCUGCUUGGGGAGAAAUCCAGUUAACACUCACACUGAAGAAAUGUCAAAGUUCGUAUUCACCAUGUCACCAUACCAUAUACUCCGCAUCUGUCACAUGCUUGAUGAACCGGGGAAGGAGUCUACUGAACGCUUCAUGGAAGGGUGCUUUCGAAGAUGGAAAACGGUGUUGUAUUGUUUUUUAUGAAAACAUGAUUGGUCAUUUUAUAUUUCAUAGCUACAACAUUUGGACUUUUUUCAUACAAAAAACCAACAAAUUUCAAUUCAAGUAAAAACAUCUUAAAUACUAUAAUAUAUGAAGUACCUAUUAUUUCAUAUAUGUCCCCGUGCAUCGCACGGGUGCGAAUCUAGUUGAAUGUAAACCAUAAAUGGUUGAACAACCUAGGGUCUAUUUAUUGGAGAUUGGUGCUUACGCAUCAUCAUCAUUUGCAACACUUUCUCUUUUAAUCUUUAUUUAAAUACUCCGUAUUUGUAAGAUUGAUUACGUAUGACAAUCUUUUAGGAAAAACUUCUUUGCCCUAUGAUAUGUCACAGAAGAGAAAUAAAACGUUACGAUAUUAAGUGGCCGUUUGGAGGAUUAGAAAUUGGCGUAUAAGUCUUAAUAUACAAAAUAAUCACCAAAAACCUCGGGUUGAUUUGAUUGAUUUUUAUUAUAAGCAGAAAAAGUAACAUAACUCUUACUUUUUGUGCUGAAUUCUAUUAUUAUGCCAUAACCUAUUAAAAGUCAUAUUUAUCCUUCUCUAACUCUUUUAAACACGCUUGGUAGUUGAAUUGUCUUCUUCCUAGACUCCAAGCUGCACAAACUUUUCCUGGCCGACGUUUUUUAGAAUUGGAUGUUGGGGCGCAUCAAUAAUGUUAAAAUCACUUGCUACAUACUUCGUUUAAUUUAAAUAACCAAACCAGCUCAUAAUUGCCUGCUGCAUUACCCUUUGUAUAAUUAGUAAUUAAAACAUGUUAAGAUCUGAGGUUCCAUCAUAAAAGGUCAAUCUGAUCGGAGGAGUAGCUUAGAUAUUAAUAUAGUUUUUAAUUCUUUCAGAUAUCCGGUGUAUGUGGGACUUUAACACCCCUCCUCACGACCAGACACUUCGUCUGGAUCGUGUCGUCAUUCAUUUUAUCAUAUCAUUGGUUGGUCAUUGUCAUAUUUUUUUAUAUUCAUGCAUGUUGUCAUUUUUCUUAAGGGGGCCCGCACCACGGAUUGAUUUGACUCUGAUACCAUGUUAAGAUCUGAGGUUCCAUCCUAAAAGGUCAACCAGAUAGAAGGAGUAACUUAGAUCUUAAUAUAGUGUUUAUUUCUUUCAGGGAUGUCUGGUGUGAGACUUUAACAAAACAUGUUGUUAAUUAGGCACUACAUGCAUACUCUCCAUCAUUUAUUAUUUAUUUACAUGAUAGCUUGUUAAUAGUGUAACUAAUAAAAGUGUAAUAUUUAAUAUAAAUUUACUCAUUUUAGUAAAAAUAUUAUACUAGCAAAAUGAACAUACAUAUGACUAUAUUUUAAAUACAAAGAAGAUAAUACCCUUUUUGAUAAAUAUACAUUCAAUCAACUAUUUCAUCCAAAAUAAAACAAAACACUUUCAUUUCAACAAUUUUAGUAAUUUCACUCAUGAUGAAAAUCAAUUACGACCUAUGCUAUAAAAAGAGGGAAGGACGCAAUUUAUCAUGCAAAUGAUAACCUAAGCUAAGAGGGAAGGAUGCCACCUUCCCAAUAUCCCGCCAAGAAAAGCCACCUACCCAAGAAAACCGAUGUCUAUCUAAGACUCCAUAUAUAUACUCCGUAUCCGUUAGUUUUGAUUUUGUCAAAGUUGACUAACAUGUCGAAUAUAAAGUAAAUAGUGUGUAGACGUGUAGUUAAAAUUCUUAUAGAGAAGAAAGGAUUAACAACAACAAAAUAUUUAUUCAUAAAAUAAAGUGACUAAAAAAUUUGCUCAAAUUUUUUUUUUCUACCUGGAGGAAGAAGUUUUUGAUUAGUGCUUUUAUUUCAUUACCUUUUAUUAUUCUUUAACUUUCUACCUUCCCUAACUUUAGUAAUUUGCUCUAAUAUUUUUCUAAAAAAAUCUUUUCUUUUUGCAAAAAAACUAGUGGAACCAAGAAAGGACAGUCGACGUAGUUCCAUGGGACUAGUCAUGGACCCGGUCCGGGCCGACCUAUUCUCUACUCUCUAAUACUCUUAAUCAUCUCCAUCUUCAUCUACUCAAAUUCUCGUAUUCUCUAUACAUCUAUUUUACUAUUUAUACAAUUAUUUUAUCUCCUUAUAUAUUAAUUAUCUACUUAUAAAUACAUAUAUUAUAUUACUUAUAUGAGAAAUGGUCCUAAAUAGGACCAAAAUUUUAGUUAUGUACCCGUAUAGGAGUACCUACUUUUUUAAACCUAAAUAGGACUAUUCUUUUGCUUAAUCCCACUUUUGCCCUUAAUUUAAUUGAAGCACACUCGCAUCACUCUUCCUCGUCCGAUCUGGUUGCUUCGUCGAACAACAGAGGUGGAAGACGAAUAGUUGAGCGGCAGCAGCAGGCUUGAGCUAAUUACGAAAUAGAUGAAGGACGGCAAGAACGAGGUGCACGGCGCCGGUGAAGAUGACGGCCGAGAAAGAUACCUGGGAUCUUGCACUGCUGCUCAAUUUGAAUUCCCAAUUUGAUUUAUCUCCGCCAAGAUGAUUCUUUUCUUCAGCGAAUCGGAGUUCGCUGCUGCAAGUGAAGGUUGCCGGAGAUGCUUCUGGCGGCGAAGAAGUGGCUCGCCGGAUCUGCAAUUUGUUCAAGGAUUGUUAUAUUAAAAAGUCUUAGAUGACAAAUUUGAAGAAUUAAGACGAUGAUGUAAGAGCUGGGAUGAUGUCGCCACCAAGAGCUAAUUAGAGAUUAAACCGUGAAGGAAUUCAAAGAAGAUGGGUUGAAUCGGCUGAAAUAUCCCCUGCAAGUCAAUUUCUUCAUUGUAUGUUUUGUUUAAUCUUUCUUUUUUAUUCCUAUAUAAUGAAUAACAAUAUUGCAGCCAGAAAGUGUUCGUGAGAUAACUGAUGUUCUUCGGUUGGAAACACUAUUAAUGCCACAACCAAAGGAUCUGCAGCCUUGGCUUCAUUAGUCAUUACAUGGAUGCAGUUACUACGUUUUACUUUUCAAUUUCUUAGUCACUACGUUUUGUUGAAUGUGUCUUUCCCAUCCUUUUAUUUCUUUUUAAUUAUUGUGGUUGAGUUUAAAGUGAAAUAAAAUUAAAUGAUAAGAAUCACA